GGCAGCCUGCCUUCCCCUCUCUCCUUCCUUCCGUCCCCUCCCCGACUCCAACACCAGGGUGGCGGGUCCCGCAGUGUCCCGGGAGCCGCACGUAUAACUUGCUCCGUGAGUCACUCAUUCGAUUCCGAAGUUCUUUUCAUUCUGCUGAAAGAUUUCAAAUCUUCUAGAAGCCAAAAUGGGACACAGUGAACAGGUUAGAAUUUUACUUCUGAACGAAAUGGAAAAGCUGGAAAAGACCCUCUUCAGACUUGAACAAGGGUUUGAACUGCAGUUUCGAUUAGGUCCUACUCUACAGGGAAAAGCAGUUACUGUGUAUACAAAUUACCCAUUUCCUGGACAAGCAUUUCAUCGAGAAAAAUUCCGUACCCUGGAAUGGGAAAAUCCAUCAGAAAGAGAAGAUGAUUCUGAUAAACGCUGUAACCUUCACCUUCAACAAGCCGGAUCAUUUCAGUAUUACUUCCUUCAAGGGAACGAGAAAAGUGGUGGGGGUUACAUAGUUGUGGAUCCCAUUUUACACAUCGGUGCUGAUCAUCAGGUGUUACCUUUGGACUGUGUUACUCUCCAGACCUUCUUAGCUAAGUGUCUGGGACCCUUCGAUGAAUGGGAAAGCCGACUGAGGGUCGCAAAGGAAUCAGGUUACAACAUGAUUCAUUUUACCCCAUUGCAGACCCUUGGACAAUCUCGGUCAUGCUACUCCCUUGCUAAUCAGUUGGAAUUAAAUCCUGACUUUUCAAGACCUAAUAAAAAGUGUACCUGGAAUGAUGUUGGACAACUAGUGGAAAAACUGAAAAAGGAAUGGAAUGUUCUUUGUAUUACUGAUGUUGUCUACAAUCACACUGCUGCUAAUAGUAAAUGGAUCCAGAAGCAUCCGGAAAGUGCGUACAACCUGGUGAAUUCUCCACAUCUGAAGCCUGCCUGGGUCUUAGACAGAGCACUAUGGCACCUCUCCUGUGACGUGGCUGACGGGAAAUACAAAGAAAAAGGGGUGCCCGCUCUGAUCGAAAAUGACCAUCAAAUGCAUUGCAUUCGAAAAAUCAUUUGGGAAGAUGUUUUCCCAAAGAUUCAGCUCUGGGAAUUUUUCCAAGUAGACGUUUACAAAGCAGUUGAACAAUUUAGAGGACGCCUCACACAAGGAAAUAGGAAAACACCAACCAUACCUGAUCCCAAGCAACAUCUGAAGAUUACCCAGGACCCUGAGUACAGGCGGCUUGGCUGCACUGUAGAUAUGGACAUUGCACUGGCGACUUUCAUACCGCAUGACAAUGGGCUGGCUGCGAUUGACGAAUGCUGUAACUGGUUCCGGAAGAGACUUGAGGAAUUAAAUUCAGAGAAACAUCAACUUGUGAACUCCCAUCAGGAACAGGCAGUUAAUUGCAUUUUGGGAAAUGUAUUUUAUGAACGUCUGGCUGGCCAUGGUCCCAAACUAGGAGCUGUCACUAGGAAAGAUCCUUUAGUUACCAGAUAUUUUACUUUCCCAUUUGAAGAAACGACCCUCUCCACAGAAGAGUCCAUGAUUCAUCUCCCAAAUAAAGCGUGCUUUCUGAUGGCACAUAAUGGAUGGGUAAUGGGAGAUGAUCCCCUCCGGAACUUCGCUGAACCAGGUUCAGAGGUCUACCUCAGGAGAGAACUUAUCUGCUGGGGAGACAGUGUGAAACUGCGCUAUGGGAGUCAGCCAGAGGACUGCCCUUACCUCUGGGCACACAUGAAAGAAUACACUGAGAUAACUGCAACUUACUUCCAGGGAGUCCGGCUGGACAACUGCCACUCCACGCCGCUGCACGUGGCCGAGUACAUGUUGGAUGCUGCUAGGAAAUUGCAACCCAAUUUAUAUGUCGUGGCGGAACUGUUCACAGGAAGUGAAGAACUGGACAAUAUCUUCGUCACUAGACUGGGCAUUACCUCCCUAAUAAGAGAGGCAAUGAGCGCGCAUAAUAGUCACGAAGAGGGCAGAUUAGUUUAUCGAUACGGAGGUGAGCCUGUGGGGUCCUUUGUUCAGCCCUGUCUGAGGCCUCUGAUGCCAGCUAUUGCACAUGCCCUGUUCAUGGACAUCACCCAUGACAACGAAUGUCCUAUUGUGCAUCGAUCCGCCUACGAUGCCCUCCCCAGUUCCACCAUUGUCUCUAUGGCGUGUUGUGCGAGUGGGAGCACCAGGGGCUAUGAUGAAUUAGUACCGCACCAGAUUUCAGUGGUUUCCGAAGAACGGUUCUACACUAAGUGGAACCCUGCAGCAUCGCCAGCAAAUACAGGCGAUGUUAAUUUCCAGAGUGGAAUUAUUGCCGCCAGGCGUGCCAUCAACAGACUUCACCAAGAACUUGGGGCCAGCAGUUUUAUGCAGGUGUAUGUGGAUCAGGUGGAUGAGGACAUAGUGGCUGUGACGAGACACUCACCUAGCAGCCAUCAGUCAGUUGUGGCUGUGUCUAGAACCGCUUUCAGGAACCCCAAGUCUUCAUUCUACAGCAAGGAAGUGCCACAACUGUGCAUCCCUGGUAAAAUUGAAGAAGUAGUUUUUGAAGCUAGAACUAUUGAAAGAAAUACAAAACCUUAUAAGAAGGAUGAGAAUUCAAUCAAUGGAAUGCCUAAUAUCACUGCAGAAAUUAGAGAACAUAUCCAGCUUAACGAAAGUAAAAUUGUUAAACAAGUUGGAAUUACCACAAAGGGACCCAAUGAAUAUAUUCAAGAAAUAGAAUUUGAAAACUUGUCUCCAGGAAGUGUUAUUGUAUUCAGAGUUAGUCUUAACCCACAUGCCCAAGUCGCUGUUGGGAUUCUUCGAAAUCAUCUAACGCAGUUCACUCCUCACUUUAAAUCUGGGAGUCUUGUGGUUGACAACUCAGACCCUAUAUUGAAAGUUCCUUUUGCUUCUAUUGCCUCUAAGUUAACUCUGGCCGAGCUGAAUCAGGUGCUUUAUCGCUGUGAAUCCGAAGAACGAGAAGAUGGUGGAGGGUGCUACGACAUUCCAAACUGGUCAUCUCUCAAGUAUGCGGGUCUUCAAGGAUUAAUGUCCGUAUUGGCAGAAAUAAGACCAAAGAAUGACUUGGGGCAUCCCUUCUGUGAUAAUUUGAGAUCUGGAGAUUGGAUGAUUGACUACGUCAGUAACCGGCUUAUUUCACGGUCAGGAGCCGUUGCGGAGGUUGGUAAAUGGUUGCAGGCUAUGUUCUUCUACCUGAAGCAAAUCCCACGGUAUCUUAUCCCAUGUUACUUCGAUGCUGUGUUGAUUGGUGCCUACACCACUCUUCUGGAUACAGCGUGGAAGCAGAUGUCAAGCUUUGUUCAGAAUGGGUCUACCUUUGUUAAACACCUUUCACUGGGUUCAGUCCAAAUGUGCGGGGUAGGAAAAUUCUCCUCUCUGCCACGUCUCUCGCCGUCCCUGGUGGAUGUACCGUGCAGGAUUAAUGAGGUCACAAAAGAAAAGGAGCAGUGCUGUGUGUCUCUAGCAGCAGGCUUGCCUCAUUUUUCUUCUGGUAUUUUCCGCUGCUGGGGAAGGGACACUUUCAUCGCACUUAGAGGUUUGCUGCUGAUCACUGGACGCUACCCAGAGGCCAGGAAUAUCAUUUUAGCGUUUGCUGGAACCCUGAGACAUGGGCUCAUCCCCAACCUCCUGGGGGAAGGAACAUACGCCAGAUACAACUGCAGGGACGCCGUUUGGUGGUGGCUGCAGUGUGUUCAGGAUUACUGCAAUGUGGUCCCCGGUGGCGUGGACAUUCUCAAGUGCCCUGUGUCCAGAAUGUACCCCACAGAUGACUCUGUUCCUUUGCCUGCCGGCACAGUGGACCAGCCGUUGUUUGAGGUCAUACAGGAAGCUAUGCAGAGACAUGUGCAGGGCAUCCAGUUCCGGGAAAGGAAUGCUGGGCCGCAGAUCGACCGCAACAUGAAGGAUGAAGGUUUUAAUAUAACCGCAGGAGUCGAUGAGGAAACGGGAUUCGUUUAUGGAGGAAAUCGCUUUAACUGCGGCACCUGGAUGGAUAAAAUGGGAGAAAGCGACAGAGCUAGGAACAGAGGCGUCCCGGCCACUCCUAGAGAUGGGUCUGCUGUGGAAAUUGUGGGCCUAAGUAAAUCUGCCGUCCGAUGGUUGCUGGAAUUAUCCCAAAAAAACAUCUUCCCGUAUAAUAAAGUCACAGUAAAAAGACAUGGAAAGGUUGUGACAGUCUCCUAUGAGGAAUGGAACAGAAAAAUACAGGAAAACUUUGAAAAGCUAUUUUAUGUGUCCGAAGACCCGUCUGAUCUUAAUGAGAAGAACCCUAGUCUGGUUCACAAACGUGGCAUAUACAAGGACAGUUAUGGAGCGUCCAGCCCUUGGUGUGACUACCAGCUCAGACCGAAUUUCACCAUCGCAAUGGUUGUGGCGCCUGAGCUCUUUACUGCAGAGAAAGCAUGGAAAGCUUUGGAGAUGGCAGAAAAGAAACUGCUUGGUCCCCUUGGCAUGAAGACUUUGGAUCCAGAUGAUAUGGUUUACUGUGGAAUUUAUGACAAUGCCUUAGACAACGACAACUACAAUCUUGCAAAAGGUUUCAAUUAUCACCAAGGACCUGAGUGGCUGUGGCCUGUUGGGUAUUUCCUUCGUGCAAAAUUAUAUUUUUCCAAAUUGAUGGGUCCAGAGACCAACGCAAAGACUGUAUUUCUGGUUAAAAAUGUUCUUUCUCGGCAUUAUGUUCAUCUUGAGAGAUCCCCGUGGAAAGGACUUCCAGAACUGACCAACGAGAGCGGCCAGCACUGUCCUUUCAGCUGCGAAACACAAGCGUGGUCAAUUGCUACUGUUCUUGAAACACUCUAUGACUUGUAGUUGAUUCAUUAAUAUUUGUUAAAGAUGCAAUCACUUGUAUUAUGGGAUACAAGGACAUAAUAUAAUGUAAAUGCUUCAUAUGCACCAGCUCGGGUCAUAUUAAAAAUCUCACUCAUAUAAUAUUGAUACACAAUUAAGUAAAAACUAUAAAGCAUCCAUUUUUCUUUUUAAUGUACAGAGGUAGUUUUGGAUUUGAGUCAGAGAGAAAAUUAUCAUCAAUGGAAUGUUUUUCUUUCAAAUUCAGUAACUAUUCUUCAAAUGCCUGCAAAUAACGAGUUUGAAAUACAGAGUUUGAAAAAGAGAAAUCAUGUAAUCAUCUUUGUGUACAUAAGUGAAAAGGUAAUAUGAGAAUGUAAUAAUGAAAACAAUGGAAAACUAUUUUUAAAUUGUGGUAUACAUUUUCUUCAAUAACAAAACAUACUGAAUAGGCUGUGGUUAGUUAAUGGUCUCAGCUUUUACUAAGUAUUUCUAGCACCUUCCACACUGCAUUGAAUAACUAUGAAAUGAAUGUUGAGUUAUGGAAGUGUCUGCCUACAAUAUAUGUUCAUAAAUGGGGCAUACAUGGUCAAACCUGCUUUUUUUUUUUAAUCCUCACCGGAAGA